UCGUCAAGUGUUUAUCAACGGUGGUAGCGCAUGCACGGUUUCUCGCGGUUGUUCUCGUUAAUAUUUCGAAUUUUGAAGUGUGUUUCCUGUUGAAAUCAGGACCUCGUUAGCUCUGGAACAUGGAUUUAAUGCUAAGCAAUUUUAUCACAGAUGACGGACCAGUGGUGGAGAAGCGGAAGAAAAAAUCCGCCGGAAUCGAUGGCGGUGGAGAAAAGUUUUCAAUGGUUUUCAAUACAAGUCAACCUGUGAAGGCGGUUGUGGCUAGGAAAAAGUCAUCUAUUGCGCUAAGACCGAGUAGCCAAAAGGGUGAAGUAGUUAAGAACACGUCUAUUUCGUUAAAUUCUCCAGUGGAGGCUUCACCCGUGGAAAAAAUCCCGGCCCUUCCAGAGAAAAAAACAGAUUCUCUCCAGCACAGAAAGCCUAAAGAAUCAUAUGGUAUGAAACACACAAGUCCAAAUAAACCUAAAGUGAAACAAGAUGAAACGAAUCAAAAGUUUUCCCUGACACACAAAUUCGCCGAAGUCAAAAAGCACCGUAAAUCGAACAUGUUCGAUCGAAUGAAGAACGAUAUGCCAAAGGUAGAACUGCCGGAAGUGCAUCCACUGACUGAGAAGGUAUUCAGUGAUGUGACGAUCGAUUCACUGACUAUUCACCCGCAUUCAAAGAAAAACAUCUCCGACUUGUUGCAUUUCAAACAUCUGACGGUGGUUCAGAAUCUGUCGAUUCCGAAAAUCUUGGAUGGGAAAGAUGUGCUGAUUCGGGCGCAAACGGGUUCCGGAAAGACGUUGGCCUACGCUCUACCCCUGGUGGAGCGAUUGCAUUCGCAGGAAGUAAAAGUUUCGCGAUCAGAUGGUAUUCUAGCGGUGGUGAUUGUCCCAACGAGGGAAUUGGCUUUGCAGACAUAUGAGUUGUUUCUUAAGUUACUGAAGCCUUACACGUGGAUCGUGUCCGGGUAUUUAAGUGGUGGCGAAAAAAGGAAAGCGGAAAAGGCUCGAUUGAGAGCUGGUUUGAAUAUUCUGAUAUCAACGCCGGGCCGUUUUUGCGAUCACUUGAAGAAUACGGAAUCUAUGAAGAUGAACGCGGUCAGGUAUCUGAUUCUGGAUGAGGCGGAUCGUUUGCUGGAGCUGGGAUACGAAAAAGACGUCAAACAGAUUGUGGAAUCCAUUAAGGAAAAUCGAAACGAUGCUGACUGCUCAAUCCAGACGGUUCUACUAUCAGCAACAUUGACCCAUUCCGUCAAGGAACUGGCGGGAUUGACUUUGAAGGAUCCGGAUUAUGUCGACACAAGUGAUAUCGCUGUAGAGCGCCGGUUUGACAGUGUUGAUUUUGAAAGCAUGGAGGAACGAAUAACCAUUCCAGCCACGGUUUGUCAAAGCUACAUCGUUAUUCCUCCGAAGCUUCGACUUGUUACCCUUAGCGGAGUCAUUGCGUACGAAUUCAACCGACAAGCCAAAAAAUGUCUCGUAUUUAUGGCCACACAGGAUUUGGUGGACUUCCACUACAACGUCAUGGUGGAAGUUCUUACCCAGAAGAAGCCUGAUUCGGACGAUGAGAAAGAUUCCGAUGACGACGAAGAUUCAAAUGAUUCAGAAUCAGAAAAGGAAAGUACUUCCAUCUAUCCGAUUCUGCUUCCCAAAGUAUCUUUCUUUAAGUUACACGGAAAAAUGACGCAAAUCGAACGAAGUUCGGUAUUCAAAGAAUUCCGCGCUGCCAAAUCAGCAGUCCUGUUAUGUACGGAUGUAGUCGCCCGCGGGAUAGACGUCCCCAGCGUGGAUCUUGUAGUUCAGUACCACUCGCCGCAGAUCCUGGCUGAUUAUGUGCACCGGGUGGGUCGAACAGCCCGAGCAGGCCAGUCCGGAAAAGCCCUGCUUUUCAUCGAACCGUCCGAAAUUGAAUUCAUAAAAUAUCUGGCCGCAAAGCAAAUCAAACUCGCCGAGGAAAGGGUGGAUCCUAUAUUCGGUCGUAUUGGUGUGCUGAUUAACAGCACCCCGGGGCGGAAGAACAAAAACAAGGAACAAGCGGCUAUCGAGCUGCAGCAGCGGUUCGAAAAGCUCGUCGCAGCCGAAAAGGAGCUCUUCGGUGGCGCUUGUAAAGCGUUCGUUUCCUGGGUGCGCUACUAUUCCAACUUUCCGAAGGAGCUGCGACGGAUCUUUGCCAUCAAGGCGGUCAAUAUGGGUCAUUACGCCAAAUGCUUGGGGCUGCGCGAUCCCCCGAAGCAGUUUAUGCGCGAGCACACCGGACCCAAGGCUGAAGGAGAGGACGGUGGCCAGGGCGGCCGGCCAAGAAAGUUUACCAACCAGCAGAGGGGAAGAGGUGGUGGAGCUGGGCGAGGCGGAAUGUUCGGCCGAGGCGGAAAACCAUCCGCCGGCAAUCAACGGAAACGACCGUUUACCGCGGCCCACAACAGCGGUAACGGCGCAUCGGGAGCCAACAGGAAGCACAAAGACCUUGCCAGCUACGCGCAGAGCUCUCGCAUGGUCAAUACGUCCGAGUUCGCUAGUGGUCUUGAACCGGCGCGGAAAAAAGCCCGAAAGAACUGAUUUCUUCUGGAAACCCGACUGAAGUCCGCCGCCCGCAGUUUUUCGCCCUAUUUGUACAUAUUUUCUGCCGUAGAGAGAGGAAACCCACAGAGGUACUGAAGAGAGCAAAUACCUCGUACCUCAUAUUUGUUUUUAUAACAAUCGCCGAUCGAUCGAGUGCAGUAAUAUAAUUCGCAUUACAGAAAUAAAUUAAGGAAAACCAACUCGAAAA